AUGAGAAGGGAGAACAUCUUUUUUUUGUUAAUACUAAGUGAAAUUCUUUAUUAAAGUAAUUCGAAAAAUAUUUAUAGCAUAUUGUUGUCCAACCUCCUGUUAGGAAUGUAAUGGGUCUAGCUAAAAUUGCAAUACUUGUAAACCAGGCUUCUUUAAGAGUGGUAAUGACUGUUAUGCAUGUACAAAACCAUGUGCAACCUGUUCAACAAAUGCUACAACUUGUUCUACAUGUGUUGAUACUGCAAAUUAAUUAACUCCAACUUGUGCAUGCAAUAGUGGUCUUGUAAUGAAUACAUCAACAUAUUUUUGUGAAAGUUGUUCGAGUAAUUGUUAAGUUUAUAGUUCUCCCACUAUUUGUACUUAGUGUAAUGAUGGUUAUUGGCUAAAUGGCAACUAGUGUAGUCCAUGCAUAAAACCAUGCGCCAAUUGUUCAUUGAGUGGUAGUAAUUGUAGUACUUGUGUUGAUACUGCAAAUCAAACACCAUCCUCAUGCAAUUGUCCAUCUAAUUAUAUAAUAAAUACUUCUAAUUACUUUUGUCUUUAAUGUUAAUUUCCGUGUGCUACCUGCUAAACAACAGUAAGUUAUUGUUUAACAUGUGCAACAACAUAUACUAUAGAUUCAAGUACUCAUACAUGUUCAUGCCAAAAUAAUCAAUAUGAGGUAAAUAGUACACCUAAAACAUGUCAAAAUUGUUCAAGUUUAUGUUAGACUUGUAAAGUAUCUGCAAAUAAUUGUGGUUCUUGUGUGGAAGGAUUGCAUAGAUAUCUAGAUAAUAACUAAUGUAUUUGUCGAUAAGGUUAUUUUCAAAUCUACACUCAAUGUUUUAAGUGCUCUCCAAAAUGUUUCACUUGUAUAGAAUAACGCAAUAAAUGUUUAAUAUGUUCUGAUCCAAAUCAUUAAUUAAUUUUAAAUUAUUGCAUUUGUAAAGUAGGUUAUUAUGAAGAUAGUUCUAUGAAAUGUUCAUAAUGUUAAUUUCCAUGUGCAACUUGUAUUGAUAAUUAAGAUUAUUGUACAUCUUGUAUUUAUUAAGAUUAUCAAUCUCUUAUAGAAGGUUAAUGUAUUUGUAAUGAUGGAUACUAAUUGUAUUAAUUGUUUUAAUGA